AUGUCCUGGCAUAACAACUCCGCCGUCUUUACUGAAUUUGACUUUCCCCGCUUGGACACGAGUGCGAGAGCUACGGUGCUUCGCGCGAUUCAGGUGAUUGGCUACAAGUCACACCUGGAAGGCAGCUUCAGCUACGUGGACACCAUUGACCGCAGCGUGGAGGCCAACUUCGCGAAGAUAUCUCGCACCAAGUCGGCGAAUUUCACCGAGCUAGGCACGUUGGACAGCAGGGCGUCUGCGCAAGUGUGGCUAGAACGCAUCAACCGCGACGUGGCUCAACGUCACUGGCAAAAGGAGGACUCCGAGAUCCUCGCGACAGGCUUAGAACAGAUCAGGACCGUGAUGGGCAUCGUGAUGGGCGGCGGCCUGCGCAACGCGACCGCCUACAUCACCGUACAAGUGGUGAUGGAGGUUCUGCGCUACGACUUCUUCCGGCGCUACGAGCAGCAGCACGCCCGCGACGUAGUCAUCAUGUGCCUGAACACGACACGCCAGUUCCUCUUCUACACAUGGCCCGCCCUGGUCGCCAACCUGACCCUCAACAGCAGCGACGUGGAAGCAAGCCGGAAGCUGUUCGACGACAUACUCGAAGGCGUCGUCGACCACAUGAACCGCGUACACUGGCUGGAGCUGCCCUCGCGGCUCGAAGCCACCAGGAAGGUGAACUACUCCAAGCUGAGCAGGCCACCCGCAGACUUCGUCAACACCUACAUCGAGGCGGCCCAGCUGGACACGCUGCUGCGCCGGGAGGUGGGAAACGAAGAGUACGGCUUGUACGGAAAGCUGCAGCUAGAAGGUGACGUGGCGUACAUGAAGCUGUGGAGCCUUCGAAGCGGUGCCGAGCUGUUCCUGCCAACGCUGCUGUCGAAGCCGCCGCUCUUCUAUCCGGAGGCCGGCGAGCCCUUCAACUACGGCACCCUGGGCGUUCUCGUGGCCAUGGCCCUGAGCAGCGCCGUCGGCCACAUGGGGGCGCGUCUGUCGGCGUCGGGUAUCGAGGACCUCUGGUGGACAGACCAGACGCUGCUCAACUACCACGAGGCGACUCGCUGCUACGAGGAGCAGUACCGGCGGCUCAGCAACUCCACGGCCUCCUUCCCAGAAGAGCAGAGGGACCAGGUGUUCCUCUGGACCAGAGCGGCGCGCAUCGCGUUCGACAGGUACCGGCUCAAGUACAAGGCGAGGAUCGCGCGCGGUCGCGAGCGACUGCAGCACGACCGCGUGUUCUUCAUGCGCCUCUGCCUGCUGACGUGCGCCAGCCGCGAGGAAGUGGGCCACCUGUGGCCCCGCUUCCGGUGCCACAUGCCGCUGCUCAACAUGCGGGAGUUCUCGGAGGCCUUCUCGUGUCGCACGAUCGACCUGCUGGCACCCGAGAAGAAGUGCCCGUCACUGUGA